AUGGACGACGACGAUGGACGACGACGAUGGACGACGAUAAUACAGGCCAUUAGAGGGGAUGACGAAGGAGACGACAACGAAGGAGACGACAACGAAGGAGACGACAACGAAGGAGACGACAACGAAGGGGACGACAACGAAGGGGACGACAACGAAGGGGACGACAACGAAGGGGACGACAACGAAGAGGAGGACAACGAAGACGAAAUUAGUCACUUGAAGAGCACGCAUAACACAAUCAAGAAGUGGUGA